GAAUCCCAAAAAUGACAUCUCGAUUGCGGUGGAGCAGGGAGCAACUGGGACGCUGAGAGAAGAAAGAAAGAAGUCCGACCCGGAGCUGCUCGUGAGGCUCGAAGACGCAGCGGAAAGGCGCAGAGAAUUACGCACGGUCUCCAGUUUGGAUGCCUCUGCUUCAGCGCGGACUUUCAUCGCAUCUUUGGAAAUGUAGUUGCAUUCUUGGGGAAAAUCUCAAGAAGGCAUUUGUUGUUACAGUACUGGUUGAUGAGAGAGCUGCUGAGGCUCCGUUUCCUGUUUGCCAGCGCGCUGCAGCUGGGCUGAAGAAGCCCCGCAGGGCUCACUGAACACCGGGUCCUCCUUCCCCGCUCCAAACCACCGCCGGUCCGCUGCCAGUCCGCUGCCACAAACUCGGUGGAGAAAAAAGAAGAAAUGUGCGACCUGAUGCCAGCCUCCCAGCCCGCGGAGAAAAUCGGCAAAAUGAAAAAGUUGAGGAGAACUUUGUCCGAGAGUUUCAGGAGUAUCGCUUUCAAGAAAGAGGACAGCGGCUUUGAUGAGAUAUGUGUCACAAAGAUGUCCACACGCAGCUGCCAGGGAACAGACUCGGUCAUCAAGCCCCUGGACACCAUCCCUGAGGACAAGAAGGUGAGAGUGCAGCGCACGCAGAGCGGCUUCGACCCGUUUGAGAAGCCCGCCAGCCAGGUGAAGAGGGUCCACUCUGAGAACAAUGCCUGCAUCAACGCCAAGAGCUCGUCCGCUGGCAAGGAGUCGCCCAAACUGCGUCGGCACUCCAGCCCUAGUUCUCCCACAAGCCCCAAGUUUGGAAAGGCAGAUUCCUACGAAAAGCUGGAGAAACUGGGAGAGGGUUCAUAUGCUACAGUUUACAAAGGAAAGAGCAAGGUGAAUGGGAAACUGGUGGCUCUGAAGGUGAUUCGUCUGCAAGAGGAGGAAGGGACGCCCUUUACAGCCAUAAGAGAAGCAUCUCUUCUGAAAGGCCUGAAGCAUGCCAACAUCGUGCUCCUCCAUGACAUCAUCCACACCAAGGAAACCCUGACUCUGGUCUUCGAAUAUGUGCACACAGACCUGUGCCAGUACAUGGACAAACACCCCGGGGGUCUCUAUCCAGACAAUGUGAAGCUGUUCCUGUUCCAGUUACUGAGAGGCCUGUCCUACAUCCACCAAAGGUACAUCCUUCACCGCGACCUGAAACCACAAAACCUGCUCAUCAGCGACACCGGAGAGCUCAAACUCGCUGACUUCGGCCUGGCCAGGGCCAAAUCAGUCCCCAGCCAUACCUACUCCAAUGAGGUGGUGACCCUGUGGUACCGGCCUCCAGAUGUCCUGCUGGGAUCCACAGACUACUCCACCUGCCUGGACAUGUGGGGAGUGGGCUGCAUCUUCAUUGAGAUGAUCCAAGGAGUGGCUGCCUUUCCCGGGAUGAAGGACAUCCAAGAUCAGCUGGAGAGGAUAUUCCUGGUCCUUGGCACCCCAUCUGAGGACACCUGGCCUGGCGUCAACUCUUUGCCUCACUUUAAACCAGACCGUUUUACAGUGUACAGCGCAAAGAAGCUCAGACAAGCGUGGAAUAAGUUGGGCUAUGUGGACCACGCUGAGGAGUUGGCCUCCAGGUUCCUCCAGUGCUUCCCAAAGAACCGGCUGUCAGCCCAGGCAGCGCUGAACCAUGAGUACUUCAGCAACCUCCCUCCGCGGCUCUGGGAGCUGCAGGACAUGUCUUCUAUCUUCACUGUACCAAAUGUCAAGCUGCAGACAGAGAGCGGGGACAGCAUACAGGUGUGUGCACGAAGGAACAGUCAUGGAAAGGCAUCCUCUGGCAGCAAACACUGACCUGAGGCAGCAUCCUGCACAUGAUUGCCUGACAGGUGAUUGUUGGAAGAAAAGAUGAAGACAGAGAUGCUGAGAAGGAGGAUCCAGAUGAAUGAAAGAGCCCCAGUUCUCUUUAUUUAUUACCUUCACAAUAUGUGUGAGAGUGUGUGUGUGU